AUGGGUAAUAGUUCGUCACUCAUGCUUCGCGAUGAAGAGAUUGACGAGAUUUCCAGAGAUACCGAGUUUAAUCGAAACCAGAUCGUCCGUCUUUAUUCACGCUUUCUUUCUCUCGACAAAAAAGGUCAAGGAUAUCUUGAACGAGAUGACUUCUUAAAUGUCCCAGAAUUGGCCGUCAAUCCACUCGGUGAUCGAAUUGUUGAUGCCUUCUUUACUUUGGCCGGUGAUAACGAACAAAAGUUGAACUUCCGGCAAUUCGUCCGAAUUUUGGCCCACUUUCAACCAAUAAACCGCGGAAAGAAGAAUGUUUUGAAUGGAAGACGAGAAAAAUUGCGAUUUGCCUUCCAAAUGUAUGACUUGAACAAAAAUGGCUACAUUACCCGGGAGGAAUUCAAAGUGAUAUUGAACUCUAUGGUUGGAGCAAACAUUACAGCUGAACAGUUGGACAAAAUUGCUGAUCGAACAAUUGAAGAAGCCGAUGGUGAUCAUGACGGCCGAAUCUCAUUUGACGAAUUUUGCAGAGCAAUGGAAAAAACGGACAUCGAGGAGAAGAUGAGCAUUCGAUUCCUCAAU